GGCUCUAACGCUUGUAUUCAUAUUAACAAAAAUACACUUGACUUUUGACAGUGAUUGUUUUUCAUUAAAACGACUACCUUUCAUAACUUCCGUGUUACAAAACGACUGAGCACUCAGAAACCCACCGCGUCCGAUUUGAUUGGAUUUCAUAUCUGUCAAUUAAAUGUCUCUUUAUUCUGAUUGGUUGAGAACCGUCAAGCGUUUGAGUGGCAUGCAUCUACAACCCGUCGCAUUUGUAACGAGGGCAUAUGCGUAUCUGGACGAAGGUGUCUUGGUGCUCCUCAUUGGAUGUGUGUUGUUUUGAAACUGUACAGGGCCUGAGCUGCAGAGAAACAUCUGGAUACACCAAAUGGAAUCUUAAUGUUGAUCUUGGGUUUUCCAAAGCUUAGCAGAGCGGUGGUGCGUGUGAGGAGACUGGCAGCUCAGCUCAGCAGAGCAACCAUGGCUACAAACAGUGAGGGCUCCAGUCCGUCCUGUGCAGCCAAUGGAGAGGCUCCCACUGCAGCUAUUCUCAUCAUUGGAGAUGAGAUACUCAAGGGUCACACAGUGGACACCAACAGCGCCUUUCUGACACGGGCACUAAGGAAGCUUGGAGUGUCUGUACAGCGCAUAACUGUCAUACCAGAUGUACAGGAGGUCAUUUCCAAAGAGGUGGCCCUCCUUUCGUCUCAGUACACACAUCUCAUCACCUCAGGUGGCAUAGGCCCCACUCAUGACGAUGUCACUUUUGAGAGCAUUGCCAUGGCUUUCCAAGAGGAUCUGUAUCCUCACCCUGAGCUUAGCAAGUUGGUGGAAGAAUUCUUUGGGGCAGUGGAUAAAAAUAGUGCUGCUAUGAAGCUGGCAAUGGUGCCUCUUUCAGCCAAGCUCAACUAUGGAACUGACCCUCAGACGGGAAAACCUCUCCGCUAUCCACUGGUCAGUGUACGUAAUGUGUAUAUCUUUCCUGGGAUUCCUUCUCUGAUGGAGAGGGCCUUUAAUGGGCUGGAGCAUCUUUUUGCUGGAUCAGGGACCACUUUUCACACCCGGGAGGUGUUUGUGGACGCAGAUGAGGCAGCGAUUGCCCCUGUGCUGACCAAACUGCAGGCUGGCUGGGGCCGAAGGGUGGCUCUUGGUUCUUACCCUGAUUGGUUGAGCAACUACCACAGAGUCAGGCUGGUCCUGGACUCAAACAGCCCAGAGGAGGCGGACAGUGCCCGAGCGCAGCUGCUCGAUGAGCUGCCUAAGGGCAGCGUGGUGCCUUUAGUCACUGACCCGGUGUCGAUCGCUACUGCUGAGGUGUACACACUGGCCAACAGUGGCACACCUUUAGGUGAGAAAGUCACGUCUGCGCUGAAAACUAUAGAGGCUGCACUGGAUCAGUAUUCAGCAGAGGAGGUCUGCGUUGGCUUCAAUGGAGGCAAAGACUGCACAGCGCUGCUCCAUCUCUACUAUGCAGCAGUAAAACGGCGAUAUCCAGAUGGUAAAGACAAGGUGAAAGCUCUGUAUAUCCGUAUUGUCUCCCCAUUCCCAGAGAUGGAGAGAUUCCUCCAGGAUACUAUAAAGAGGUAUGACCUGGAGCUGUUCUCUGUGGAGGGCAGUAUUCGACAAGCGCUGAUCGAGGUACAGGAGAGGAGACCAGAGCUGAAAGCCGUCCUGAUGGGGACCCGGAGGAGUGACCCCUACUCACACACACUCACACCCAUGUGUCCCACUGACCCCGGCUGGCCAGACUACAUGAGAGUCAACCCAUUACUAGACUGGACCUAUCACGACAUCUGGUCUUUCUUGAGGACAUUAUAUGUGCCCUACUGUAUUCUCUAUGAUAAAGGGUACACUUCACUGGGCAGUAUGGACAACAGCCAUCGAAACCUGGCCCUCCAGGUGGUGGAUGGAAGGGGGGUGACGCGCUAUAAACCAGCCUACCUCUUGGAGAAUGAAGAAGAGGAGCGAAAUUCCCGUGCCUGAUGUCGUGUCACAUUACCGCCCAGACCAGUUGAGCAAACACAGACAUUUCAUUUCUCGUCUUCUCUUUGUGAUCCUUUCCAACCUACCUGACCUACCUGCAGAAUGACACUGAAGGAAGGAUGCCUGUAUGUUACUUGUGUGUACAGUGUUUUCCAGUCUGAAGUAAUGGCUCUGCCGUUGAAUAAAACAUCAACCUGUGUCAUCUUU